AUGACGUGCGAAUUCCCCAUCCCGUCCUCUCUCUCCUCGACGCACCGCGAUGACAUGCCGAGUGAGCUGCUCCCGCUGAACAUUGGAGACAGGAUGAGACAGCUGAACGGCGUGCAUGAACUGAUCUGGAUUAAGGUGGGGCCUAGCAUGGCUGCAGAUGAGCUCGUCCAGCUACUCGACAGUGAUCAGAGCCCAAACCGGAAAGCGGGCAAGGUUACGCUGAUCACUCGCUAUGGUGCGGCGAAGAUCGAGAGUCACUUAGCCGGCCACAUCAAUAGUGUGCAGCUAUGUGGACAUCCCAUUGCUUGGAUCUGUGAUCCCAUGCUCAGCAACACACUGACUUCCUCGAGCGGGCUCAAGAUGUGCAAUUUUGGCACGAUCAACAGCGAGCUGACCACAUGUAUCCUCGAGUUCACUGAAGAGCUGAGCGAGGAUGGGUUCAGCGUCACUGAGUGCCUGGGGGUAGCAUGGAGCUCACCGAGGAGCAACUGGGGCUGCAGCACCAGGUGCAUUGUGGUGCGAUUCCAGUCAUUCUGCGAUUCUCACCUGAACUUUGAGCAAUCAUUGAAUAAGUCCAAUGUCGCAUUCCUCAUCUCAAACCACUACAACAGGAGGCAGGUCGGACGCAAGCGUGCGGACAGUGACGUGCUCUAUGCUGAGCUCGGUGGUCGCAAGUUCUCAUGA